UUUAUUUACGUAUAUAUAAUAUAAAUACAAAAUGAAAAUUUCGCUCAAAUUUGAUCGCGAGUACUUGGUUAUGUAAAUAUACAUCGGUUGCGUACAUCAAGACAUAGAUAAUUACUGCCGCUAAAUUACCACGUAAUUAGCAACACAGAUACAGAGCAUGUAAACACACCAUCGCAUAUGCACGCGUGUGACAUCAUUUCGCGAGUGUAGCGGUCUGUUUUUGCAAAUUACGCGAUGUGAUGGAACGCGAGGAAGAUGAAUCUUCCAGGAAUCUGCUCGCAACAUGAGACGUGACGCGAAACCGUGUGUAUGUGUACGUGUGCCUCCCCUUCCUGCGAAGAAAGAAAGUCGAGUCUUCGUCGCUGCGAAUUUGAUAGACUGCCAAGUCCACGGGAAGUCGCGUUACAUAAGCGAUGUAACGCGCGAACUUGGACUGCGCGUUCGCCAACACGAACAAAUCGACAACUCGUCUCGCAAUCGUGCCUGCGCUCGUCGUCGUCGACCAUACAUAUGAUAGCACGACAAAUUCAACGAGUCGAAUGCCGCGACGCGCGAGCGCAUACUCUAAGUACGCAGCUACUAUUCGCGGGAGCUUGGAAAACGGGACUGCAGUUUUAACUCGGAAGUUAUAGCCAAGUGAACGACGACUUUAAAUCGUGCGACUGGUCGCUUCAUCCGCAGAUCAGUAUCUUGCAUUUCGAACGACGAUCGUAAGAUGUGUCUUCGAUAUCCUUCUGUGAUCGCAGAGCACGCAAAUUUUUAUUUUUGUCAAUCAUAGCGUGCAUUAAUUAUACGUAUUUCUUGUUUUAGAAUAAUUUUUGAUUUCGCUUCGUCGAGGGAAUAAAAAUUCAUCGCGACGAAUAUAGUAAUGUGAAUAAGCUUCGCUUGGAAACGCAACCGUGGAUCUUCCACGAAAUUCAUAAAAUUCAUCGAGAGAAGGCAGGACCCGUUAAGAACUCCAGACGACAAACUCGUUUGGAAUUAAUCGGGACGAUCAAGCGGGCGAGCAAGUGGGUAAGUUUUUCCGGCAGAUUACUCGAGCGAGAACGAACGAAUAAACGAGAGAGAAAGAACCGGGACCAUGAAGAACGCCCAUCCCAUCGUCAGGGCGACGACUUCCAGUCCGGUUGGUCAGGAUUCCACGGGCCUCGGCAGCGAAUCGGCGGAGCCGAUCAUCCGACUGAAGCUGCAGAAACCGCUCCACUGGGAGUGGGAGCUCACGACGUCCGCCGACGCGCUGCCUGUUAUCCAGCUAUUGGACAAGGAUGGCCGGCUGCUGGUGGAAACCACCGGCCGAACGGCACAGCGGGCCAGAGGUUCCUUCAAGAAGGGCCUAAAAACCCACGAACAAUUUCCGAUCGACGAGUCGUGUGCCAACUCGACGAGCAAAGAGCAAACGUCCUCCUCCCCGUCGAUGUCUUCCACUAUCACGACGCCGCGUCAGGUUAAUCGGAAUAUCGACGGCUUCAGCAGCAAAUUUGGCACGUGCGGCUUCACCCCGCGAAAGUCCCGAAGCGACGUCGAUAUUAAAGAAAGACGAAGCAAGAGGCAGUUGUCCACCUCAGAAGACUCGGCGAUGAAGACGAAGGUCGAAGGAAACAUAGAAGGAGUGACAGGAAAUAAGAAAUACUCCGCCGGAGAUUACCUUCGACAGCAGAUCAUGAACGAUCUACGUACGCGUAAUACGAUCGGGAGAACUCCGGAGGAAAUAGCCAAGGACAGGUGUAAAAAAGUUAAAGCGUAUCUAAGGAGCCAGAGCGAGACUCUAUUGAGCUUGGUUCGCGAGGAAGAAUACGACGGGGAGGAAACGAAGGAUACUAGAAUCGGAUUCCGCGAGAAGAGUCCCGGAAGUCGUAGCUCGAGCAAAGGCAACAUACUCGAUCCCGAAGAGAGGAAUUCGAAUCGAGAAAACAAAAAGGUGAAACCGUAUCUGCGAACUCGAAGUGCCGUAAUUCCAAUGCAGGAUUCGGCGAAGAAUAAUUUCAAACUGAACGAGGGGGAUAGAACCGUUCGCAAGAUAAAAGACGACAUGAACGAGGAGGAGCUGACAAAGAUCAGAACGUUCUUACGCGAAAAGAUACAGCGGCGAAUGAAUAUGGAACAGUCGCGCUCGAGAUCGGCCGUUAAUGCCGACAUUCCGGAGAGCAUCGAGAACGUCAGAAUAAAAAAAAGAUACUCGGACUAUAAUUACGAGAACAAUCGGAAAAACUACAGAACGCGAAAGGUGCGUAGUGAGACGAGCAUCCUGCGAUUCGAUCCCGAAAUGCUCGAAAGAGAGAAGCUGAAGUUCGAGAAGCAACUGAAAAGGGAGAAAUCGACAAAUUGCAGGGGAUUGUCGGGAGAUUCCCAACUUCAAAGACAACCACCACGUAAUUAUCGACGAUCGAGAAGCGAAGUCUUGGUCGAAGCUCUGGAACUGGACAAUCGACCGAAGUCGCGGGUCAAGAGGGAAUCGUCGAGUUUGGAACGAAGGAAAUUCUACUGUAAAAUCAAGAGCGACAUUCUCUUGGGGCAAGAGGAGGCGGAGGUGAUGCCGAUGGUCAGCGAUGAGAACCUCGCAAAUUCUCCCAGACGUAUAAAAAGCCAAGAAAAUGUGGAGAGAUCUUGGCGGGAAUAUAGAGAGCGGAAAAAAAGCGAGAAAUAUCGCCGAGAAUCGGAGAGAGAAUUGCCCGAGGAGGACUUCAUGAGUAAACCGAGAUGGAAGGAUCUGCAACGCGAUCUCUGCUCCUCGCGCAACUGCAAGAUUUGCCAAAACUUGAGAAACUGCGUGAAUCCACUUCACGAGAAACCUCAUCAAGAGAGCGAAGAAUUGUUGAUGGAUAAAAAACCCGCCAAAUUUCCCGAAGACGAGACUUCGACAAACAACAGCAAACCUGGUACCAGUUUGCAGGAGAAUUAUUUGCUCCCCGAAAGGAAGAAUAAGGACAGUCGAUCGCCAAUCAUCCCAGAGACUCAAGUAAACAAUCGCGAUAAUAAUAUCGACAGCGUGUCUGUAUUGAAUGUUAAAUCUCCAAACUUUGCGUACGACACAAAUCUAUCGAAAAAUGCCUUCAAGAAUUAUCAAGAGUUAUACGCACACUCGAAUGUGAAGAAAAGCGACACCUUCAAGAUCGUCGACGGAAGCGAGGAGCUGAAGGAACACGCGAAUGGUUCUGACACGAAAAUAAAUGACGGCAACAAUUCCGACAGUGAUUUCGGCUAUCUGAACGGCGAAGGUUCGCUGGCGAAUAAAUCGAACGAGGAUAUCACCAAGGACUACUUUAAGAGAGUUUACGAACUGUUGAAGAAACGACAGGAGGAGAUGAGAAAAUCGGUGACUGAAACCAGCGAGUUUCCAGGCCACGAGGAUUCUUCAUCUUCGAACUAUAUCGAGGAAAUACAAAAAAAGAGGCAUCGGCGUAAGAAAAAGGACAAAAAUUCGCAAGGUGAAGAAGUGGUGACUGUACCGUCCACCAGCAACGAUCAGGAGGGCUGGAAAGUGCAGAGGAUAUCCGUAAACGGUGAAUUGCCGCAAUCGAGCAAUCGUCGCCGCGGCUACAGUCGAUCGCAAUUGCAACCGGUCGUUUCCGGCGGCAAGAGGAAUCGGCCAGCACCAUCCCCACCGACGCAGCCUAUAUCCUACAGAAUCAAUGCUAAGGAACAGCUCGACAAAUAUUUCGACUGGCGGAAUAAGGAAAACACACCCGGAAAUGCCGUAAACCGCCGCGAAGACGAUCAACGACAGGCGAACCAAGUGCAAGAGACCGAGGAGUCGACAAUGGGCUCGAAUCUGAGCAGGCAUAACGGAAAGGGCCUCACUGGCCGACGCACUCAGUCUUCCGGAAAUUUGUGCGAGCCUAAAGGAAAGCUGAACAGCAUGGGAAAAAUAUUGGUGCCCUGUUCCAGCGCCCAAAGAGAAAGAUAUAAAUUCUGCGGCUCGCUGCCAAAUCAUCUGGACGACAAGGAUGUAUUAGAUGAUGAUCAGCGAGAUAACAAUAAUAUCAUGUCCGAUACUAUCGGUGGAAACUUUGGCGGUACGUUGCCGCACAAGAAACGCUCGUUAGGAGUACAUUUCUCGGAUAGCGAACCGACCGGUACUUUGGAUCUCGUUAAACAUCGAUCGCAGGACUCUUUCGAUGAGAACGAUCCCUGGAGAUAUCAGCAAAGCGAUCUCGAUCUGGUGCGGUGCCGUCACGGAAACUUUGAUUCGGUCAAGAGAAAUCGCAGCGUCGACACGGUGCUCGUCGAAUCUGGCAGGAAGUACGGUCGUGGCGUAACCUUGGAGGAUAGAUGUCAUCGUAAUAAUUCAGACCUCGACUUGGUCGGCACGCUGCCGAAACGUAAGCAAGACGCUCGAAACAGCAGCGGUAGAAGCCUCGAAUCGAAUUCGUCGUCCUCGCAGCCGUGUAUAGUAAACGCCACCGAUGACGACUUGCUGAUGAAGAUAGUGCACAAACCUGACUGCGAGUUACUCAAGCAUCGCCAACAGCUUGGCAAGUGCGUCGAUCUGAAGCUGAGCAAACUGACAAGUGGCGAGCCACAGGAUCAGGGAUACGCGUCCGAACGAUCACCCGAGGACGAGCAUCCACCAUCGUUACCGGGACAACCAUUUCCAAGUGUGACACCUGAGAGCACAUUCCGGGUGACGCUGCAAAAGAGCAGUCGCGGUCUCGGUCUGAGCGUUUCUGGUGGCGGUACCGCAGGUCCUGUUAGAGUGAAAAGACUCUUUCCUCAACAACCCGCCGCCCUGUCCAACAAACUUCAAAUCGGCGACAUAUUACUAGCUGCCAAUGGAAUCCCACUGACUGGCCUCACUAAUUACGAGGCUCUCGAAGUUCUGCGUACGACCCCUAGCACAGUUGAAUUGGUGGUAUGCCGGCUUCCAGGAGAUAGUAAUGUUACUCCACCGGGUGCACCACCGCCACCUCCAGCAAGACGGGAACCGUCAUCGUUACGUAUACUCAAUCCGCUUCCACCACUGCAAAUUGAACCCUGCGGUGAAUUCGACAUCGAAAUGACGAAAGUCGGCGGCAGUCUUGGCUUUACCCUGAGGAAAGCGGACAGCAGCGCCUUGGGUCAUUACGUGCGGGCAUUGGUACGGGAACCGGCAUUGAGUGAUGGCAGAAUCCGACCGGGCGACAAGAUCGUCGCCGUAGACAAUGCUCCACUGUCUCCAAUGAGUCACGAGGAAGCAGUUCAGUUGCUGCGACAAUGCGGACCAACAGUGAAACUGCGGCUGUACCGCGAUUUGGCGCAGACUCCAGUUUCAGCGCUCUCGCCUACUGAGCCCGAUCAUCCCCUCCGUCCGCCACGAACGAGUUUGAGACAAGAAGCCGUAGAUAUGCUGUGUGACUUAGCAGUCCGAAAGCUGUCACCAGGUACAUCCAGCGGUUCUAGUAGUUGUAAACAACAGUCACCUGGUGCUUCAUGUAACUCGCCCCGAAGGCUACGUCGACUUGCCACGCGUACUUCCACUGCCGAAACGAAUCAAGAAACUCCCGAGGGUAAGUUGCAUGACGUGCAAACGACGUCGUCGACAGCCAGCCAAGCGGAGACCGCGUCGGACUCGGACCAAUGCUCCGUCAAGACACAGAUCACCAAUUCCCAAGCAAAUACACCUGCGACCGACAUAAUCGAUCCGCCACCGCUCUACGACAUUUAUGACGAUGAUGAUAAUGAGUCGUCGAAACCGACACCGAACAAUACGGCAGCCAGGCCGAGUUUCCUCGACUUGUCGGCGCCGCAAGGUAAGCCGCACUUUCAAUUCUGCAGCGUUGAUUCGGACGGCGAAUAUCCUGGCGACGGUGAUGUAAUCCUCGCAGAAGCAGAACGAAGUCGACUAGCCGAACCAAACUACGAUAACGAUAGGAGCGUGACGGUGAUGUCGAGCGAUGAGCAUGAUAAUGAUUUGCCGUCCGAGCCGGCCUCUAUGCCGCCGAUGCUCUCAUCUACCAGCAGUACCAGCACCGCUGCCUUCAGCUACAAGAAUCCGGCCUAUCAGAGUGCCAAUCCGGCCUGCGGCAGUGCCGUCAGUGAUCCAGCUGGAUCCAAGAAUAAAACCACGCACUCCAGCGAUCAGGACAUACCAGGAAAGAUCUUGGGGACGGACGAUCCAGGCGGUAGUAAAGGAUUAUUGAAGUGGAAGGGUGUGAUGUUUGCUCCAAACGAUGAAGUAGAUACUGAACACGAUCCGGAAGAAACUGGGAAAGAUACCACGGAUUCAGCUGCUCUUGCUGAAGAUCUCGAACAAGGCAGCGAGGUGUUCAUGGUGGAGUUAACGCGUGGGUGGAAUAGCCGGCUGGGCUUUAGCUUGCAACCAGAAGGAAAUUGUACAGUGAUAUCGGUCGUGCAUCCCGACAGCGUCGCGGCUAAGGAUGGUAGACUUAAGCAGGGCGACGUAUUACUAAUGGUUAAUGAAGAGAGCGUGGAACACAUGUCGACAGCUGAUAUAAUAGAUCUGUUACGCAAGAUACGUGGCUCGAUAGGUAUUACGGUGAUGAGGAAAUCGAAACGAGACAAUAUAACGUGACAAUAGUUCAGUGCGAUAUCAAAAUAAAACAACCAUAAAACAAUUUGAUCAGUAUAUUCUUUAGAAGAUUUGAGGAUUUUGAGCUUGAUAAAAGGUGUUUACCAAAAAGUCGAGCAAAAAUACUGAUUUUUUUCAAUAAAAUUUGCAUUAAAAUUUAACUAAUGAGAGAAGAUAGAAAUAAAAAGAAAAGCAGUAGUUAUUAAGAAAUGAUUAGAUGAGAUUAUAAAUGUUGUUGUUAGUACAAUAAAAGAACUAUUAUAAAUAGAUUUUCAAUGCCAGAAGAAUGAAUCACAAUCCGCGCCACUAUCAAUGACAAAAAUCACUCGUGAAGAAGCAAGAUAAUUUUACUGCACCUAAAAAAGAUAGCAAUCGACGAAGAAAGAUCUUUGGUGUCUUGAUCAAUUACAAAAGACUACCGUUGAGGAAAAUGAAGGAAAAAAAAUUCGCAGAUGCUAUUCUGAUAAUUUUCUAUUAGACGUCCCGGGAGAGAUAAAAAGUCAUUCAAUCUUGUGGGAAUUUUCCGGAGGAGAUUAAACGAUCUGAAAUUAUAUUCAAGAAUAUCAUACUGAAUUUUUCAAUCACUCUCUUGCAUGUAAAUCAAAAAAAUCUAUCUCAAUGUAAUUCCCGAAUUAAUAUUAUUUAUAUGAUCCGCAAAUUUCGCAGAAAUUGUAGUAUUCUAACGUGAUUCAUCAACUGUCAUCACAAAAAGGCGUUCGAUAUGUCGACUAUGACAGAUUGCGCAUUAAUGGUAGGAUAAUCAAUGUGCUCUCAUCUUGAAAGCUUAAAUCUUCCCGAUUAAUUAUCGACGCUUAACAAUAUUCUUAAUAAUUUGCGGUAAUAUUUUCAAAAAACAAUGUCGUUUUACGAAGUAUGCAUUGUUUCAAUGAAUUCGAGAAUCAAAGGUUUUUAAUCAAAAUAUGAUUGAAAAGAAAACAAUACAUUAUUGCAAAAUGAGAUGUGAUCCACUCAAUCGAAAGACGGAUUAUUGAUUAUCUGCUGAGAAAAAUGAUCUCGAGUUUUUAUGAAACUGCAAUAUAUAUAUAUAUGUGUGUACAAGGUUGUAAAGAUAUUCUUUUAAAUAUUGAGCGUGAAAAGAGAAAUUCUCGCGUCUAUGAGCUUAUAGUAUUCCUACAUAUCUUUGUAAAUAACGUAUCCUAUUAAACUUAUCUAAU